AUGACGAACAAAGUCUUCGACGUGCCAAUCUUCUUCAUUGUCUUUCGUGAAACAAUUGAAGCGGCCCUUAUCGUCUCCGUUCUCCUCUCUUUCGUCGAGCAGCUGAUGACCACUGGUCGCCUUGCUCCGCAGGAGCGCCUGGAUGACGCAGCUGGCCCAGACGAUGGUGAACACGCUGCUCGCGUCAAGAAGCUCCUUCGUGUGAUGCGUAAGCAGAUCUGGAUCGGGACUUUCGUCGGAUUCAUCAUUGCCCUCUGCAUUGGUACAGCCUUCAUCGUCGUUUUCUACACCAAGCUUGACGACCUGUGGGCCAAGACGGAAGACAUUUGGGAGGGCGCUUUCUCGGUGAUUGCGGCCAUUAUCAUCUACAUUAUGGGCAUUGCUUUCCUCAAGAUGGACCGUUCCCGCAUCAAGUGGCGUUUCAAGCUGGCAGCAGCCUUCGAUGCUUCCGCACGCAAAGUCAUGGACUCAACCGAAUCAGGCGAGGUUCUUGCAGCCGACAAGAAGGAAGGUCGCUCUGGCCGUUGGGCUCUUUUCAUUCUGCCACUCGUGACUGUGCUGCGCGAGGGUUUGGAAGCUAUCAUCUUUGUCGGCGGCGUCUCCCUCGGUAUCCCGGCAUCGUCAAUUCCACUUCCCGUCGUGUGUGGCCUCAUCGCUGGAACGUUUGUCGGCUUCAUCAUUUACCGCACGGGCUCAAGCACGACGCUGCAUUGGUUCCUUAUCGGCUCAACGACAUUCAUUUUUCUCAUCGGCGCCGGUCUCUUUUCCAAGGCCAUCGGAUACUUCCAGUACUACUACUUUUCCACUGGCGUCGGCAGCGAUGUCAGUGAGGAGGGUGAUGGCCCGGGAUCGUUCAUGGUCGCUGGAAACGUCUGGCAUAUCACCACAGGCAACCCUGAGACGGGUAGCGCAACGACCAACGGCGGUUGGCAGAUCUUCAACGCCAUCUUGGGCUGGAACAACACGGCUACCCUCGGCUCUGUGCUGUCGUACGUGUUCUACUGGGUCCUGAUCAUGAUUACUCUCGUCUACCUGAAAUGGUCAGAAGGCCGUCUCACAUUCGGUGGUCGCUUCCUGUCCAAGGCCGCCAAGCGCAUUGCCGCCGCGAGGGAGGAGCGUGCACUUGACCAGGACCUCCAGGCCAAGCGCCACGCCAACGACGGUUCGAACGCCUCGACGGGCUCUGUCCCUCACGCCAACGAAAAGACCAUGGAAGAGAGCUCAGUUUGA